CGGCCCUCCGCCGCCACACCGCCUCGGCCGCCACAGUGCCACACGCCGCCGGAGAGGGAGGACGCGCUUCCGUGCUCGCGUCAUCACCUUCAGCAUGGAGAGCAAGAUGGAAGACCUACCAAAACCACUGCUUGUGGCCUUUGGGAACCCACUUCUGGACAUGACAGCAGUUCUUAAGGACAGAAGUUUACAUGAUAAGUUUGGCCUUCCAGUUGAUGGACAACUUGAAGUCAGCAAUAAACAACGGGCAAUAUUCAGUCAGGUUAAGGAAAAUUAUCCUGUCGAGUACACGGCAGGAGGUUGCGCCCUCAACUCCUCACGGGUCUUCUCGUGGGUGUUGGGAGAGCCAGAGAGAGUUGUUUUUGUUGGUGGGAUUGGCAAGGACGAACAUGCAAGGAGACUCUCAACAAUCGUGCAACAGAGUGGAGUUGUUACCAGAUUUGUUGAAGUUGAAGAUCAACCCACGGGCACCUGUGUAGCUCUUGUACUUGGGGCUUGUCGCUGCCUCUGUGCUGAUAUUGGGGCUGCAAACACUUGUGAUCCGGAGCAUGUUUUUAAUUCCCGUCUGCUCCCGGUUCUUGAAAAAGCAGAGUACAUCUAUGUUGAGGGCUAUUUCAUCACACACAGUUUCCCUACAACUUUGCAGAUUGCCAAAUAUGCCCAGCAGCACAAGAAGACAUUUGUGUUCAAUCUCUGUGGCAGUUACGUCUGUGAAAACCAUCCCAAUGAGCUUACUGAACUCCUGCCGUAUGUAGACAUCCUCUUUGGCUACGUUGAAGAGUACAAAACCCUGGAUAAGUUUGUUGAUGUAGAAAAGGUCUCCCAGAGUCACUCCAAUUGCCCUGACAACAUUUCACAUGAUGUGCUACUGGUUUUAAGAGCACUCAGAGGGGAGGAAAAGAUUAUAAAGGAUAAGAACAAGGGUGCAGAGGAAGAUCACAAUGUACAAAAAAAUGGAAUUGUGGAAAAAACCAGCAAUCAUUCCAGUCUCACUAAUGGGGUUAUCAAUGGGUCCAAUGGAGAUGUGGUAAAUGGAGUUGGCAGUGGGAAGUUAAAUGGUUACAGCCACUGUGAUCAUGAUGUGAUGGUGGAGAGAGGGGCCAGCAAGCAGAAGCUGGUUGUUGUGACAAAAGGUCCAAGCCCUUUGCUUUAUGUGGAUAAUCACAUGGUAAGGGAGCGUUCCGUACCCCCGAUAUCUCCCAAGGACAUUAUAGACACCACUGGGGCAGGAGAUUCAUUUGUUGGGGGAUUCCUUGCUGCCCUGAGCAGAAGGCGAAAACUUACCCAUUGCCUAGAUUGUGGUACAUGGACUGCACAGAAGUUGUUACAGCAAAAGGGGUGCACAUUACCCACAUAUGCUGCUACAUUCCUGAGUGGGGAUUAAGAACACUUCACAGAGUUUGCCUGUGUUUUCUCAGAUUGAUACUUCCAGUAAAGUCUCCUGCAUCUGCUAUAUCAUGUUGCUGUUCUUAAGGUUUAGAGGGCGAUACUAUGCAGGUCACAGAUGGAAAGAUGAAUCCCAUUAGGUUGUACUGAAGUCAGAGCAGGAAGAUACUGUUAUCCACAUAGGUAAUGACUCUAGAAAAUGUAGUA